AUGCCUGUCAAAAAGAAGGAAGCCACCACGGGCAACGCGGUCCCUCGGGCCGAAGUCCUUGGGGUCGUUGGACAUUAUCUCACCGAAUUUGGACUUGCCUCGACGAACAAGGCUUUCCAGAAGGAACUGAAACGCUUGCAGGAAAGCGCAGGCUGGCCGGUCCCUGCCCAAGACGAGAAGAUCGGUGACCUAGUGGCGGUCUUGGAGCAAGGCUUCUUGUCGGUGACUGGCGAUUUAGCGACCAAGAACUCGACAUCAUCAGAAGACAGUGAGGCGGAUUCUGGAUCAUCCGAAAGCUCGGGUAGCACAUCGUCAUCGGACAGCUCCGUCGACUCCGGCAGCGACAGUGAUAGCGAAGUCGAUAUCAGCAGUGAUAGUGAUGCAGAUAUCAGCAACGAUAGCGACGACGACAGUGACAGCAGCGAAACCAGCAGCAGUACUGACUCGUCUUCAUCCAACAUACCCAAAAAGACGGCCAGCGCGAAGAAGAAGAAUGGCAAGAACCUCAAGCUAUCCGCCUCGACUUCAGCAUCAUCGUCUUCGUCUUCUGAAUCGUCAAUCGAGAGUGAUGAAGACGAGGUUGCUACCCAGCCUAAAUCUGCUGUGAGCAGCCUCAAGCCCAAAUCCUCUGUGGAAUCCGUGAAGCCAGCCAGCACGAAAACUCUUAAGCGGAAGGCCGAGGCUUCGAGCUCCUCAGGAUCGUCUUCCAGUUCCGAUUCUGAUUCCUCCGAGGAGGACGAGCCCCCUGUGAAACGAGCAAAAGUUGUCCCAGCUAGCACAGCUACCCAAACGUCUUCGAGCGAAUCGUCAUCAGAGUCGGACAGUGACUCCAGUGACGAUGAAGCCGCCGGCGAGGCAGGCAAUGGCGCAAAGCUAGGUCCUGAACACGACGAAAAGUCCGACUCAUCUAAUACCGUGAUGGGAGACAACAUGGUCGCAGCCUCAAGACCAGUAUUUGAGAAAACGCCUAAAAAACAUGUUGGUGCGAGGCCCACCCCGUUGGCGCAACUCUCUGCUCAAGCUACCGGAGAUAGUUAUCUCAGCAAUGCCUACCAAAGUUACGACUACGCGGAUCGUGCAUACAAGGAUCUGUCUGUUACUCGCGGCAAAGGCUUCACCAAAGAGAAAAACAAGAAGAAGCGCGGCAGCUACCGUGGCGGAGCCAUCGAUAUAAGUGGCGGUAAAGCGUUCAAGUUCGAUGACUGA